AUGAACGUGCUCGAAAAAUACGAUCCUGAGCUCAGACAGAGUAUGGCUCUGCUACACAAGGCACGGGAUGAGAUUGCCUUAUCUCAGCCACAAGACGUUGCAUCGCUGAGAGUCAACACAGAACCAAUGCGACUUCGACUCCAAGCCAUGCCCUCCAGCAAGCAAGUUGAAGCUCAAUCAUGCACAACAAAGACAAUCGAUGGCUUCGACUUGGAAAUGAUAUGGUAUGAACCUCUGGAUCGCGCGUCCGAUCCCCACAGCUCGGCAGUCCUACACAUCCAUGGAGGCGGCCUAAUCACAUACGACGUUUACGCGUACCGUGCAAUUGUCAGCGACCUUGUCGCGAGGAGUCAGAUCCUGAUGCUCAGCGUCAAUUAUCGCCUCGCCCCUGAAAAUCCUUUCCCUACGCCUUUGGAAGAUUGUUGGACGGCGCUGUUGUGGCUCCAUCACAAUUCAGAGCGGCUUGGAGUCGAUCAAAGUCGCAUACAGGUGUACGGGGAUAGUGCUGGCGGGGGCCUUGCUGCUGCUCUUUCCAUCCUUGCCCGAGAUCGUUGUCUCACGCCACCACUGGCAAAGCAAGUGCUCAUCUAUCCAAUGCUUGACGAUCGAACUUCUAUGCAGGCUACCAAUAUCGAUCUGUUACCACUGGCUACUGCUGUGCAUCGUUGGUUCUUGUCCAGGGCAGAGCGUGACCCCCGUCAAGUCCGUACUGGAACCUACAUCACCGCACAGCUUCUCCACGCCAUCCACGGAUUCUCAUGCGGCAGCAAGCGUUUCUACGAAAUUGCAGAAAGGGACCGCAGUUGCCUCAUCAACAACGCCCGAUGUGCAGGCUUAUUCGCCCGUCAAAAUGGCGAAUGCCCGCCGGGUGCUAGUCUGGAUCUUCGAUGGAGGACGUGGCUCCGCGCUGAGAGCCUGAAACGCCUCGCGUGGGCGGUAUACGACCACGACGCCGCGAGUGCUACCAUGCGAGAUGAUCGUCCGUUCAUCUCCUUGAACGAGAUCAAGAUGGAGCUGCCGAGUCGUACAUCCCUAUGGGAGGCCGAAACUGCCGAAGCCUGGGCUGCUAUCCUGCGACACGGAAAAGAUGGUGCCCUCCGCGAAUGGGACUUUGGGACUUGCCUCGAUGGUUUGCUCGGAAACGCUGACGAGACCAUAGCUUCGUUGGAGCAGGACUUUCAGACGAGCCUGCUUCUUCACACCCUUGCAAGGAUGAUGUGGACGCACAAAGAAAUGACCACACAGCCUGGCGCCAAGCACCUCGCGUCGUAUCUUCCCGUCCAACAAGGCGAAGACGAUCUCCUCCAUCUCGUCGACCGGCUCGCGCAUUCCCGACGCCUCAGUGUCUCCAUCACCAUGGCGCCCUCCAAAUUCGCCACCUGCAUCCACCAACUAUGCAUCUGCCAACUAACACACAUCAUCGCCGGCGAAGACAUGUGGGACUAUCUGCACCUAAUCUGGCGCAAACACCCCCAGGCCGAAGCCGCGCGGACCCAUAUCCUGAGCUUCAUCCGUCGCCGACCCCAGGCCACCCGCGCCUUCCAAGUCGCCAACGCCCGCCUGCUGAGCAUCAUCCGCCUGCACCCCUCGAACCACCCGCAGGAGCCGUACAAUACCUUCCACGCCGGAAUGGCGGUCUGGGUCAUGGCGACUCUGAUGCGCCAGCAGGAGACGGCCGUCGCUCAUGGCCCAGCGCGGCCCAACAAACCCCCUUGCCAUAUCGACUGGUUCGGAGAAGACGACGACCCGGAAUCCUCGAACCUGCGCGAAUGGCUUGAGCAUGGCAGCCGGCGCCGCACGCCCCGAAUGCACGGUGUGCCGGACCUGACUGCGCAUGAUGGGCCGGAACUCGUCCUGCGGCAGACGGUGGAGGUUUUGGGUCGCAUGUCUGUUUGGGGCGUGGCGAAGACGCUGCUGAAUGCCACGCUGAGAGUCUUGCAUUCUCUGUGA